CGUGCCCGGUAGCCCGUAGUAAUCAGGAGUCCGCGGGAGUGGAACCCGGGGGCAGAUCGCGGAGACAGGGGACUGAAAGUUGUGGAGACAGAACUUGUGACCGCAGGUGCUUAUUUUUUGAUAAGCAGCUGUUUUGUGAUUCUGGAAGAUUAAGGCAGAGUAGGACGCCCCACCCCAGGUUUCAGCAAAGCUGUCUACCUGCAGACUACACCAUGGACGUCAAGCUGGAUCCUUCCCGAGACGAUCUGCCUCUCCUGGCCAACACCAACCAUAUGCUUGUGAAGCACUAUGUACUGGAUUUAGAUGUAGAUUUUGGAAGUCAAGUCUUUGAGGGGACCAUAGUACUUUUCUUAGAGGACAGAAACAGAUUUAAAAAACAGAUGCGUUCCACCAAAGAAACCUUCCAAUCGAAGUCAGAGGAAGCCUACAGAUUUAGGACACCUGAACCCUGCCAUGUUCCUGAGAGAGAUGCAUGGGCCUUCUCAUCUAAGAUGGGAUAUAAUGAAUUUGCAGUCUGCAGUAAAGGUGAUAAAGGUGGUAGCCAUGACGACCAGGAAGCGGUUUCUGAGAUCUCUGGCUCAAAGUACUGCUGUGACAAGGGGAAUCAUGGGAAAGAAGAUUUUUUGCUGGUGUUGGACUGCUGUGACUUAUCUGUGUUAAAGGUUGAGGAGGUGGAUGUUGCUGCUGUGCCAGGUAUUGAAAAAUUUACAAGGUCUCCCGAGCUCACAGUUAUUUAUGAAGAGCUCAGAAAUGAGAUUGUUCAUGAACUUGUGACUCUGCCUGCAGAUCGUUGGAGGGAGCAGUUUGACUAUUACACUCUCUGUAGCCAGGCUCCUAGCUGUGGGGAACUCUUCUUUGACAUUGACUCUUGGAGCUUACAGAUCAGGAAGACAGGGGUUCAGACAGCUGCUGACUUUCCUCAUGCCAUCAGGAUAUGGUACAAAACUAAAUCUGAGGGGCAGUCAGUUACUUGGACCUCAGACCAGAGUGGUAGGCUAUGUGUUUAUACUAUGGGAUCCCCCAUAAACAACAGAGCCCUUUUUCCAUGCCAGGAACCACCAGUUGCCAUGUCAACAUGGCAGGCUACAGUACGAGCAGCUGCAUCUUUUGUUGUUUUAAUGAGUGGAGAAAAUUCUGCCAAGCCAGCACCACUUCGGGAAGGGAACUCAAGCUGGCAUUACUAUGUGACGAUGCCAAUGCCAGCCUCCACCUUCACAAUUGCAGUGGGAUGUUGGACAGAAAUGAAGCCCAAGAUAUGCCCGUCAAGUGAUCUGGUGACUGAGAAACCACUCCCACCUUCUGAGCCUGACUUCAGGUAUGCUGACAUUUGUGGUCAUAUGGAGUACCCCUGCCGCUUCAAGAAUGCCUCUGCCACCACCCAGAAGAUCAUUCCUCAUCGAGUCUUUGCCCCACUGUGCCUUGAGGGUGCCUGCCAAGAGACCCUUCUGUGGCUCAUCCCUCCUUGCCUCUCAGCUGCACAUUCUGUCCUAGGAACACACCCAUUCUCCCGGCUGGAUAUACUCAUCGUCCCUGCCAACUUUCCAAGUCUGGGGAUGGCCAGCCCACACAUCAUCUUCCUCUCUCAGAGCAUCUUAACAGGCAUGAGCCAUCUCUGUGGGACCCGACUCUGCCAUGAAAUUGCUCAUGCCUGGUUUGUAGCCAUCGGUGCACGCAAUUGGACAGAGGAGUGGCUCAGUGAAGGGUUCGCCACUCACUUGGAAGAUGUAUUUUGGGCUGAAGCACAGCAGCUGGCCCCCCAUGAGGCCCAGGAGCAGCAAGAGCUGAGAGCUUGCCUGUGCUGGCUCCGCCUGAAGGAUGAGCUGCAGAACUCCCCGGAGGAGAUGCACGUAUUAAGGCCCCAGGAGCACUGAGGUUGCUAUGGCAACAGAAGCUUCCAUCCAUCCCUUGAGGAGAAUCCAGUGUUUGGAAUCUGCAGUCAGACAAGUGGGAAGGGUGGACCAUCUAGGAAUUUCCCCUCUCAAUCCCUUGUAGAUGGCUCCCUGAAGGUCAGCCUGC